AUGGUUGAUGUUUCACAAAAGAAUAUCACUGAUCGUGAGGCAACAGCCAAAGCUACCGUUGAAGUUGGACCAAAAAUAGCUCAACUCAUCAAAGCGAAUAAUAUGUCGAAGGGUGAUGUUCUCUCGAUCGCCCAACUAGCCGGCAUAAUGGGUGCUAAGAAAACUUCAGAAAUUAUCCCACUCUGUCAUAAUAUAUUUCUAUCAUCGGUUAAAGUUAAUGCAAUUCUUGAUGAGGCAAAUAAUUCGGUAAAUAUUAUGGCUACUGUUCGGUGUACAGGAAAGACUGGUGUUGAAAUGGAAGCCUUGACUGCAUGUUCAAUAGCUGCAUUAACCGUAUACGAUAUGUGUAAGGCUGUAUCCCAUGAAAUAGUCAUUAAGGAUGUAAGGCUGUGUGAAAAAUCUGGUGGAAAACGAUAUUUUAAGCACAAUAAUGAUUUGUAG